AUGACCCCGACGCCCACCACCCUUCGCGAGACACAGAGUAGCUCACCGUGCGCCGUUCUGGCGCAGAGAGGCACGCCUGCUAAGCGCCUCCUCAGCUUCCUCCUGCUGGCGCCUCGUCAUGGGCGGCGUCUAGACUCCUGCAUCUCGCGCGUCCUCGUUGUCUCGGGCCCUCUGGCCGUCGUCAACCGCGCCGCUAUCGAGGCCGUCGUGGGCGCUGUUAGCGUCUUUACGCUGCAGGACAUGAUCGUGGCCGACAACUCGCCCGCAAACCGCACACUCGUGUUCCAGUUUAGGUCGUUCCAUGUUGUCUAG